AUGCGUCGCUCCACACCUGGUGCCUUUACUGGUAUUGACUCUCAUACCCCACGAAUAUGUGAUCCUAAGUCGAAUUCCUCUUUUCGCACGAACUCAAAUGAUUCUGGACGCUGUGUCCCGCCACCUGUGCCUUGCCGGCCGCAACCUCCUCCUCUUCCUCCCAAGCAUCAUCUUCACAAGGUUACGGGAGUGGAAUUUAGCAAACAACUGGCACCCCUUGAACCUCUAGACAGUUAUGGGAAGGACGUCUACGAAUCGAUAAAUGACUCUCAUGUCUCUUCACGUCCUGCUCGAAAUCCGGCGCUUCCUCGACCUUAUGCAACUCGGGAUUUACCUCCACACGCGUCAGCCGCGACGUUAGGAUUUCGUGCAAUUUCUCCUCAUACAAUCCGACUUAGUUGCAUGGGCAGGAGCAUCUCUGGUCACGCACCUUACAAUGACCCCAGGGCCAUAAACUUUCCAUAUUCUCCCCCCUUUGCUAUUGAUCGGAACGCUGAACUUCUUCGGGCUCCCUGUACCUGCAGCUUAGGAGGAGGUGCAAAACAGUCCUUUUCCGGCAAAAACCAAAGUCCCGUUUGGGCUAAAAUGCCGCCGGUUGUUCCCCGCCCUGCUGACACCUCUCCACCAACGACUUCGCAUGUGUCCGCGGCAGCUGGCAUCCAUGAACCAAACCGCCUUGACAAAAAAUCGACCCACGCGGAUAACCGCCCGUGGACUAUCUCGCGGUUUUCUAGAACCAUGAGUCGGUUUUUUCGAAGAAAAACAUCUCACCGAAAAGGCAAAUCCGAGUCUAUACGCUCCCGGUCUGUUUACUUUGGUGAUUUGCAUGACAGCGCCAAUGAAAAGGCACAAUCGCCUCUACUCACACCCUCGGCUAUCAAGGGUAUGCGCUCAGCCACAGCGACGGCAGUGACUCUCCCUAGUCCCCCGCCAUCUCUACCUCCACCUCCUCCCAUUACUCGGGGCAAUUUACCUCCCGGCGAGUUCACUAACUCCGCUACCACCACUUCGUCCGCUUUGCUGUGCUGCCUCGACCAGCCACCAAUAACGGUCGGUGUGGAGGCCUCGGUUCAACACCAGACCCAACCAACCAAGUGUGGCGUCGCCAAGUCUGGGGUGUCUUGUGUCCAUCACGUGCACCACAUCCAUCACGUACACCACGUCCACCACCACCUCCACCACAUGCCUCCGCCGUCGUCGCAGGUAGCUCCAGCUGGCGUCCCGGGCGAUGAUGCUGCUGCUCUCGUCAUGAUGCUGGAGAAUGCCGCCACCCUCGGAGAAACCCCUCCCCCGCCACCAACCCAGUCUUCCACGACCAAGGAUUCAAAGUCGACCGAACAAGUGGCCGCCAACAGCGCCGGUACCCACACCUACAGCGCCUACGGUGUCCGAGGCUCAGCCGUGAGCGGUGGGGCACCAGCAACUGCCACCUGCUGUCCGAUCUCACUAACACCACCGCCUCCACCUCCCUCCGCCAUUAACUUCUCCGCCUCGACGACGACCUCCCUUCACCGACAGAGCACUACUGUCUGCUCAAACCCGCGUUGCAUUGCCGCGCACUGUCACCACGUCCAAAGGGUCUGUGAGGGUAUCGAGAAAGCCACAGUGGUUGUAAUGGAACGGGACUGUUUCAGCGCCUCUUCCGACGACCUUGACACGCGCAUCCACACCUGUGGUCGCGCGUUGGACGCACUUGGAUGUGCGGCUAAGGGUUCCCCAGGUGACCACUUGCGGACGCCAACAUCGAUCGAAUUGGCCGAGUUGGCAGAGGCAGGCGCGGAGGCUGUGUUUGGAAGUGGCAGACCCACGACCAGCAGCACUGACACAUGCCCUCCCUCUCCGCCCACCGCCAACGGCGGCGGCGGUGGCGGCGUCGUCGUCGUUCCCUCAUCGUCCUCCUCCUCUCCCAACUCCCCCCCAACACACCUCAUGCAUCACAUGCACCACCACCACAUGCACCACAUGCUCCAUCAUGUCAGACCACCCUCCACUCCAGCCAACAUCACCGCCGCCACACCGUCCUCCUGCCCACCCGACUCCUCCGCCAACCGCUGCCCCACCGGAGACUCCACGAUCGCCGUCCCCCAAACAUCCACCAUCGUCGGCACACCCAACGGAGCCGCUAACUCCGUCGCUCAGGAUCACCGCUCCUCUUUCCAGGAAAGCAUGAAGGCUCUCAGAAAGAUGGGAUGGUACUGGGGUCCGUUGAGUUUCACCGAGGCGGAGAAGCUGCUUGCCAAUCGUCCGGACGGGACCUUCCUGGUGCGUGACAGCGCCCACGACACCUUCUUCCUGAGCCUCAGUUUUCGUGUGCGAGGCACCACCUACCACACCAGGAUCGAGCACAAUCAGGGUCGUUUCAGCUUUUGGUUUGAGCCCGAGUCGCACAGCGCCAGCACCGUUGUGGAGUUCAUAGAGAAGGCGGUGGCGCAUUCAAUCGGUGGCAAGUACCACUACUUCCUGCAGACCAGCACUCCCGGCCAGCGGCCCGUCGAAGUCUCCCUCCUCUACCCUCUUUCGCGGUUCCAGGUUGUGCAAUCUCUGCGGCACUUAGCUCGUUUCACGAUUCUUUCACAUGUUCGUCGGGACCACGUAGCUCGCCUGCCACUGCCACCGGGGCAGAUUGGCUACCUCUUCGAGAAGCAGGUGUACUUUGAGUCCCUGGAGGACUUUGAGGCCGUAAUUCGCGAUCGUCCACCGCUCCAAUUCACCUCAACCAGCGCCGCAGCCACCGCCGCCGCUGCCGCCCCCAAACCCUGA